AUGCAUGCAUUGUUUAUAUGCAGGUAUACAUGUUUGUUUUAUAUUUUCAGUUGAACCAGAACAUGGCUAACAUGAACAUGGGGGGACCAGGGUAUGGGGGAGAGAUUGACCUUGAGAACCUCCCUCCCCCUCCCCCCGAGCUUCUUCAGCAGCAAUACCUGUACGGGACGGUCCCAGACAGCAGACAGCAAGGAGUGUACAGCCAGUUCGCCCACCCCCAGGGUCAGGCUUCUCACGGCUUUACCCCAGGGACUGGGAACGUGCCCAUGCCUCCACCCCAGAAGGCAGGGAUAAGCAAUAUCCCACCAAGCAAGCCUAUACAGGUUGAGAAGCGUUCUGUCGGACAGCAGCCUCCGACCGCCCCCUCCACAUUUAAACUGGUUCCCGUAAGGACAGAACAAGAGAAGGCUCCCCCACCGGUGGCGCCCUCUACGGCCCCAGCCAGCCAGAAACCCAGUCUGGACCAGAUCGACCGCCAGGUGCUACACACAGUGGACGAUCACGCCAUACAGGUAUCCAAAAGUGAACAUCCCAGUUUCAGGGAAUUGGUUUGGGAUUUGAUCUUCUCCAAAGACAUCACAAAUGAAAUCGAAAAAGUCAGAGUCAUUUUCCGAUGGUUAGCCACAAAGAAUUUAAAGGAGAUAAACUUUGACAAGGUGGAGAAAGGAAGUCCUGAAGAGGUAUUGCUGGGACUCAAAGAGGGGAAAACCACAUACGCAAUGGUGUUUGAUACAAUGUGCAAUUUUGCUGGAUUGCACUCCCGGAUCAUCAGUGGUUAUGCUAAAGGGGCUGACUACAAACCAGGCAUGAAGUUCACCCCUGGCACAAACCAGCACUCCUGGAACGCGGUGUACAUCUACGGUACAUGGUGUCUGGUGGACGCCCAUUGGGCGGCCAGGAGGAUCAUCGGAAAACCCACCUCCCAGGAGGAGUUCCAUUACCAGCUGGACGAAUACUUCUUUCUCCCCGACCCCCACCAGCUUAUCUAUACCCACUUCCCAGACGACCCCCAGUGGCAGCUUCUGGAAAGGCCCAUCACCCUAGAGGAAUUCGAGAACAUGCCCCACAUGAAACCCCAAUUUUUCAAAUAUGGACUAGAGUUUGUGAGUCACCGUACAGCGGUGAUUUAUGGACGCGGUGAAUUGAAUGUACGAUUGAGGUACCCCGCUCACAAGCUGGCUGUUGCCUUCAACUUCACUGUGCAAUUCGAGAAUGGCGAUGAAGAGUACAAAGGGGUAAAAUUGAAUCGGUUCGGCAUGCAGGAGAGCGUAGGGGGCAUUGCUUCCUUCCGCCUCAGGUUACCAGUGAAGGGAUCUUACAUUCUCUACAUCUACGCCAAAGAAGACACACCUGAAAACAAGGACAAUGUUUACGCUCAAGUCUGUGAAUACAAAAUUGUCCAAGAAGAGGUUUCAGUGCCUGAGCCCCUCCCCUUCCCACCCUGUGCUUACCUUAACUGGGGUCCUGGCACGUCUUUCUACAGGUAUGGUCUGGCCACCUACCAGCAGACGGCUCAGAUUCUCACAAGGGACGGAAAAGCCGAAUUACAGAUCCGAAUUCCCCGGCAGAUGCAGUUCAUGGCAAAAUUAAAGCACAAUGACCGUAGUGAUGCUGACCUGGAAGGAUAUGUGAUUCAUAGAAUUGUCGGAAACACUGUGUAUUUUAACAUCACUGCACCAAGUCGCGGUGAAUUUGGACUAGAAAUUUACGCCAAUGACCCCACAACAGAAGGUUCAACUCUGUACCAUGUGGCCCAGUAUCUGGUGGAAUGUAAUGAAGAUGUGAAAACGGUUCCUCUACCCAAGCUGCCUGCAGGUUACUUAGGAGCACAACCUAAAUUCAAUGACUUUGGCCUGAAUACAUUGAGUCAUCAUAUCCCAGUCAUUCACCUUGAAACCAACUCAGUAGAAAUUCAGUUUUCAACUGCCCAGGAAAUGAGAGUAACGGCCAAUCUGAUAGAAGUUGAAAGCGACCGAGAGAUGCCCGAAUUUGUUUUCACCCAGACGAAAGGCUCCGUGGUCAGUUUCCUGGUUAACAUGCCAACUGUAGGGUUCUACAAGUUACAACUCUAUGCCAUCCCCAUCAAUGACCCCAACCAACAACUACCAGGGGUUUACAAUUAUCUAAUCAACUGCCAGAGGAAAACUAAGGAGGUCUACCCUUUCCCUAAGCAGUACGCUCAAUGGAAAGAAGGAUGCUACAUGUGGGAGCCCCUGGUGGUGCACAAGGAUAUUGGAAAACCCGUCGUCAACUUCCACGUUCAGAUUCCACGGGCCGAGGCCGUUGCCGUGGUGACUGACCAGGAGUGGACCCAUCUUCAGUCUCCGCAGUCAGGAAUUUGGCAAGGGGAGGUCAAUCUGGCACCUUACUACGGUAAAGGAAUCAAGUUCACCUUGAAUGCCAACUUUGGCGGCGAUAAAACUAGUUAUGCAACACUGCUUGAAUAUGCGAUUUAGUUAGAUAUGUGUUAAUGAAUUAUAGAAUAUUAAUUUUUUUCCUUGUGAUUAUUUAUGUUAAUCAAAUAUUUUUUUUGCAAGCAUAAUGAUUAGUACACCUGCUUUAACAAAUAUGUAUAUAAUAUAUUUCUUUCUCAGUUUUUAGAAAAGCUUUUGAAAUCAAUAUGCAUGUACAUGACAUUUAUGUUUGUGUUGAAAUCGAUGCCUUAAUUGCAGUUCAUGGUUAUAAAAUCAAACAGCUGAUAUGACUGAUUUAACUCUAGGAAAUAUAUGAUAUUGUAUUUUUAAACAAAUUUAUCAUUAUCAUAUCUGUGAACCAUAACAUUUUACACAGUUAUUGAUGAUAGAUUUGACUUUGCAUGAUCAUUUUAUUUUGGGGGAUCAAUUCUUGUUUUCAUUUUCUUGUUGUAGAUGUUAAGUUGCGUCAUUUAUUUCAUUUAUUUUUUUGCUAGGCUGAUAUCUAUUUUGUUAAAAAAUUUUAUAGCUUGUUAAACAAGUGCUUUAAUGUGUUGUAUAAAUGUACAUGUAGUGUUUUAUUGUUAAUAUAAUAAAUCAUUGAACCAAGGGACAGAACAAUGUAUGAAUCUUUAAGUGUAUGAACUUCACAAUGAAAAUAGAAAUCAUUUUAUUUUAGUUUUUUUUUUUAAAUUGGAACGCUGUUUAAGAGAUAUGUGUUGUGUUGAUGUUUAGAAAACUUUUAUUUUAAGAGCAUGGUAGAAGUCUACAGAAUUUGUUCCUUUGUCUUAGUGCAAUCACUGUUUUGUAUGUUUAGCCACAAAUUCAGUACAUCUUGUUAAAGACCAUUCACCAUAAGAUUCUGGAUAUCGCACUAUUUUUACACUAGUCAUUUAGCAAGUUUACCAAUUUUGGCACAGAAUAUAUUUGUGAAAUAUAUUCACGUUUUUACAUGUGCAUUUAUGUGCUGCAGUUUUGGAAUUUGUUCUCAACUCCUGAUCUUUUUUAAAUUGACAUUUAGAUGAAUAAAAGUGUGCCUAGAUUUAGAGCAUACUAUUACAUCAAUUCUUUAUUUGUAUAGAAAUUGCUCUUUCAUUAAGUAUUGAUUUUGUGAGAACAUUGCUCUUGAUUUUCCCCCCAAAUUUUUAUCUGUAUACUAUUUGAUUAUGCUGAGACCUGGAUGUGUUCAAAUAAUGCUUCCCAUCUGGAAACAAAAAUGAAUGAGUACUUAAAAUCUAAAAACAAAGUCUACAAUUAUUUCAUACCUUCCAAAUCAUUUAUAAUUAUUGUGACGUUUUGGAUGUAUAUACAACUUGAUAGUCGUAUAGUUAUGGCAUUAUUUACACCAAAAAAAUUUCAUAUGAAGCAAUAUACAUGUAUUAAACAUGGCUUUUUCAUUUCUCUUUAUACAACUGUUGUAAAGUUGUUAGUAGAUAUAAAGUGCUAGGAGAGUUGAAUCUUGAACAAUCUGUGUCUUUUUAUAAAGCUUUAUAGAAUAGUUUAUAAAUCUAAGCACAAUAAAGCCAAGCUUAUAAAUAUUG